AGUCUCUUCUCUAUUCACUUUUGAGCCAAAAAAUCUCUCUUUCUCCUUUGUAUAAUCACAAAAGAGAAAAACAAAAAGCAUUGCAAAAAUGGCCUCUUAUUUCAAAGUUAUGCUUUUCUUAGCCUUUUUUGCUGCUUCAUGUUUUGCUCAAUCUCCAGUUCCUGCACCUAAAAUUUCUCCGGCAGCAACACCCACUCCGGUGACGGCUCCAGCAGUGUCUCCGCCGACAGCAACCCCAUCUCCGGCACCAACAACUUCACCAACUCCAUCACCAUCUGCUUCUACAACUUCUCCAUCACCAGCUCCGGCUGGUGGUCUCGCCGGUUCACCUCCCGCGCCUACUCCAGCCGGUGGACCCGGUGCUUCACCGGCGGAACAGCCCUCCGCCGACAACACANAAGCGUCGGAAUAA